AUGGAUCGCGAUGCGCUGAAAACGAGUCCGAUUUCUGCCAGCCGUCUGCCUGGCCUGCUUCGCCUCACUCCCGAAUGCCGACAGCACAUCUAUGCCAACCUAGGGCUUUCCAACGUUCGCACGCCCGACCGGUCCAGGCCGACCGUCCACAGGCCGGUGUACGACCUUAGCGACCCGUUAGAUUUAGCGCAGGCGGACAGUUCAGACGACGACUUCGAGUUGUCCUUGCCGACCGUGAACGGCCUCGGCGACCCGUCGAGCUUCGCGUCUCAUCCGGGCAGCCUAAACGAAGCUGUGAAGUACCCUUUUGAGUACCCUUUUGAGUACCCUUACACGCCCGUGCCAACCUUCUACGACCUCAGCGACGCUUCCAGUCUUGCCCAUCAUGCGGGCAGCCCACACGAGGACUUCCAGACCUUCCACGGCCUGCUCUUGUCUUGUCGCACCCUCUACGCCGAAAUUUCGGCCCUCCUCUACUCCUUCUACUCGUCCAACCGAUUCCUCCUCCAUUACCAUGCCCCGAGCUACUCACUGCUCGCGCCACUGCGGACUGUCAGACCACAGGCCGUGCGACAUCUCGCCCACCUGAAAGUCGUGCUGAACCAAGCCUCAUGCCAUGACCCCUACCAUAAUAGCGACCGCGAGUGUUGCUGGGACCGUUCUUUACGAACGCCCCAAUGCGUCGAACAUGGGGCGUGGUAUACGCAUGACUUGCCGCUGAACGCAGCCAACACCGCCGUGAUCACGGCGUUGGCCCGCGAGUGGAAUGCUGCGGCAGCCUACCUAGCGUCCCAACUAGCGACGAACCCGGGCCGGCUCGAACUAGCCUUGGUGUGCGACGUCCAAGCCGGGGACGUGGACACGGCGCAACAGGUCGUUCUCAGUUCCCUCGAGCCGCUGCUACCGUUGCUGAAGGACUGCCAUGUUCGGCUGUGCCACAAACCCGAUCCAGUGCUCCAACGGCUUGCGUUGGAAACGGUCGCGCGCGUCGGAUGGCGACAACAACCGCAACCGCUCGAUAGCUCUACCUCCCACCGAUACCAGAGCAAGCGCAGUCUUCUCGCUCUCCCCCCGGAAAUACGCCUCCGCAUCCUCGAGUACACCGACCUCGUCGCGCCUUUUUGCGAGCUCUAUUGGAGUCGAGACACUCGCCGACUCACCUUCAACCGCGGCCGCUGGCACGGGCAUUGUCCAUCCACGUUGAAGCACGGCUACCAGUUUCUGCGGUGCUCCGAGUCCGCACUCGGCGAGCAGAAUGUAGGCUGCUUCUGCCGAAUUCGGCACGCGGCCGCCUCGUCAUUGUCCAAAUCAUUCCCGUCGUACGUCUGCCGGUGCUGGGGCGGCCCACCGACCGCACUGUUCCUCGUGUGCCGCACCCUGUCAGACGAAGCCCUCCGUGUCUGGUAUGGCCGCAACCGCAUUAUCGUCUUUGACGGCGUCGAUGCCUCGUCACCCUACCACCCCUGGUCGGUCGGCCACGACUACCCGCACAACCGCUUCGCCAUAAGUGAGUUCCUGCGCGACGCCCUCCCACCGCGCUGCAGGCGUUACAUCCGGACCCUCGAGCUGGCGUUCGCCCCGUUCACGCACUACAACCGGCCGCGCGGAGUCGGUCACCCGGCGUUUGUGGACUGGCGUGAGCUAGUCGGGGUGUGGAUGAAGCGGAACUUGAACCUGGGCGGGCUGACACUGCGGCUGGUGACGACGCAGAAUCCCGAGGUUGAAGGGAUCGAAGGACACGAGAUCAUGACGACGAAGGCGCAGGGCAAGGAGGUUCGUGAUGUGUAUACUACGCUGUUGAACCCCUUACGAGACUUGGGCUGUCCCGAGGACUCUUCUCCUAGUAUUACUACUGCUACUGCUACUCGUAGUAACAGUACGAGUGAUCCUUCGAAUCAACGUAGCGCACCCUUAGCUCGGUUCUACGCGGACCUUGCCUGGCCAUACGUUCGGACUGGCGACCGCUGGCCACGGCGUGAGUGGUUUGAUGCCAAGGACCGGGAGCUCCGACAGCGGUCAGAGCGAUUCGUCAUGGGGAACCGGUAUGACGACGAUGCUGGAGACGGUAAGAACUGUGACAACAGUCACUGGUUUGAUACACUGGGCGGAGGGCCUGGUCGGAGGCGGAGCUCUUGGAUGUGGUUUUUGCUGCCAGGGCAGCAGUGA